GUGAAGAUCUGGUUUCAAAAUCGACGAUCGAAGUACAAGAAGAUGAUGAAGGCGGCCCAGGCACCGGGCGUCGGUGGAGGACUUCCAUUGGGUGGACCGAACCAGGGCGGCCACAGUCCGUCGCAGCAUCAGAACAUGCACCAAGCACCCGGUGGCGGUUCGAGCAGUGGUUCACCUUCGCAUUUCCUACCUCCCGGACACAGUCCAACGCCCUCGAGUACGCCCGUCUCGGAGCUGUCCCCUGGUUUGAGUCCGCCCUCGCAAGCACCCUGGGAGCAGAAGCCACCGCCGCACUGGGCCGACCACAAGCCCCCGCAGAUGGCACCGCAAACCAACCACGCACCUCCGCAGCCGACGCACGCACCGCAGAUGGGCGGCUACGUACCUCAGUACUGGUAUCAGCCGGAAACGAACCCGUCACUGUUAACUGUGUGGCCCGCGGUUUAACAACACGAGAAUGUAAAUUAUAAUUUUAACUAUUCCUAGUGCUUAAGCCAGAG